AUGCCGCCCGUCACCGCCUUCGACGUCAGCAUCGACCUCGAUCUCCGCGGCCUCCGCACGCUCAAAGCCCUUCUCACCAAAGCAUGCUCCCACGCCGCCGCCGCAACCCUCCCGUCAGCCAAAUCCCCCAACGACUCGGCGUCGCUGGCCUUCCACGUGCAAUCUUGCACCAACCUCGCCGUCAGUGGGCUGGGACUCCUGACCGGCACCCCGCAGGAGCCCCCAGAAUGGACUACAGAAGGGGUAACCCUGGAGCAGCUCAUCUCACUCGUCGACAAGACCAUCGCCCAGCUCGAGGGCGGCGCCACCAAGCCCGCUGACCUCCUAGACGGCGUCGAAGACAGGGAGCUUCAGGUCACGUACGGCAACGGACAGACGGCUGCGUGGGGCGGCAGGGAGUAUGUUCUUGGGUACGGCAUCCCAAACUUCAUGUUCCACUUGUGCAUGGCGUUCUCGGCCCUGCGCAGCCAGGGCGUGGAUGCCGGCAAGAUGGACUUUUUGGGGCCUUUUAUGGGACUAGAGGAGUAUAUCGAGGACAUGGUCGGCGAGCCUGCUGACGAGCCUGCCGACGAGCCUCCUGACGAUGAUGCCGAGAAGAAACAAUGGCGCGGCGAUUGUGCCCUCGUGCUCUCGUCAAGGCCGUAA